GUUUGGCAUCAGUGCAAUCGCAAGUGCUCCAGAGUCUUCACAGCAGUCGUGCAAACCCAAAAACAAAGCCAAGUCAAUAUGAAAUUCCUGUCGCUCGCUUUUCUGCUCGGCCUGCUCGCUCUGGCCAGUGCUAACCCACUCAGUCCUGGCAAUGUCAUCAUCAACGGCGACUGCAAAGUGUGCAAUGUGCGUGCCUAAAGGCUCGACCUCAAGUUCUUGCCGCAGGAGCAGCAGGAGCAAUGAACAACUGCAGCCGCAGCAGCCGCAGACUUAGCCACAAGAGCAAUAGACAAAUAAUUUAGUUUCAAAUAUGUUCAAUAUUAUGCAUUUAAGUACAACCACAGUAGGAAGAGCUCCACCAAAUGUUAAAUUAUAAUUUUUAAUGCCUUUUUUUAGCAAAUAAAUAAAAUAUACAACAAAAAUAUGUACAGAUUUUAA